AUGACGACGACAUUGCUCCUGGGGAAGAAUCAUGACUCACCACUGGCCAAAGGUGUUGUUCGCAAGAUCGACUUCUGGAUCCUACCGCUGCUAUUCAUAACGUACAAUUUCAACUUCAUGGACAAGACGAUUUUAUCCAGCGCAGCGGUCUUCAGUCCCAAAGAUGCCACGGACCUCCAUGGACAGGACUACAGCUGGGUCUCCUCAAUCUUCUACUCCGGCUACCUCUUCUGGGAGUACCCAACAACGAACCUGAUCCAGCGACUUCCUGUGGGCAAGUACGUCUCAAUCAAUACCUUCUUCUGGGGAGCCGUGGUUGCAUUGACGGCAGCAUGCACGAAUUUUGGUGGUCUGAUUGCGGUUCGUUUCCUUCUAGGAGUCGCUGAGGCGACGAUGUCGCCGGCGUUUCUAUAUAUUACCUCGAUGUGGUAUACGCGAAGUGAGGUACCGACUAGAGUUGGUAUAUGGUUUGCUGGCAACUCACUCGGUGGCUUGAUCACGAGUUUCCUGGCGUAUGGGCUCGGCCAUGUUAAGAACCCUCUGCAACCGUGGCAGUGGAUGUUCAUCGUGCUCGGCUCGGCGACCUUUCUUUGGGGCUUUGUGUUGUUGUUCAUGCUGCCGGACUCCAUCGCCACGGCACGGUUCCUGUCGCAAGAGGAGAAGCAAGUUGCAGAGCAGCGCGUCGUUGCAGCGGGUACGGGCAAGGCGCAUGACGAGUGGAACCCGGCGCAAACGAUCGAAUGCUUUCUUGACCCGAAGACGUACUUCUUCCUCGCUAUAUCCAUCCUGACUCAAAUCCCCAAUGGCGGGACCCAGAAUUUCGGCAACCUCGUGCUGAAAGGCUUCGGCUUCACCAGCCUGGAGACAUGCCUUGUCACACUGCCAGCGUCGAUCAUAUCGAUAAUCGUCAUCAUGGGUACCGGGAGACUGGCAGGGCGUUUCGAGAACAGCACACUCUAUCUCGUGUGCGUCGUCGUGCUCUGUCCCGUCGCAGGCUCCGCUAUUGUUUACAGCGAAGGGCCAUCUCGUGGAGUCCAGCUUUUUGGCUAUUAUCUGCUCUCCACUGGACCUUCAGCACUACCACUGUCACUGGGCCUAGUCGGCGUGAACUACAAGGGCAGCACGAAGAAGAUGACCAUGACUGCUAUCCUGUUCGUGGCUUAUUGCGCCGGCAAUAUCAGUGGACCCCAUUUCUUUAAGGAUAGUGAGGCGCCAUACUACCAGACUGCAUUCAGAGCAAUCAUGGUUUGCUAUGCGCUUGUGCUGAUUGUCGCUAUGUUGUUCAGGACGUAUCUGACGCUGGAGAACAGACGGGACGACAAGCUUGAAGGAGCUAUCGAAGAUAUGGCACCAAUCGAGGAGGAAGGCGAGGAAGAACUGACAGACCAGUCGACUCGUGGUUUCCGCUACCGGAUGUGA